AUGGGUGGAGCGAACUUUCCGGAUCCAGCAAUAAUCAGGACUACGGAUGGUUGGCACCUCUUCUCCACCAAUGCCAACGUUGGUGGCAAACUGGUCCACGUGCAGCGAGGCUUCACCGCAGACUGGAAAAGCUUCACUCUUCGAAAGGGCGUCGACGCUCUUCCAAACCUUCCGUCCUGGGUCGACCCUAAGAACCCACGUGUCUGGGCACCGGACGUCGUUCGUAUUAGUGAUGGAACGUUCGUGAUGUACUACACAGCGGCAUACAAGGCCAAAACAAACCUUCACUGCUUGGGCUUCGCUACUGCCAAUAAGAUCACAGACCCUUUCGUUGACAGUAGCACAACACCGUGGAUCUGUCCGACUGCUCGAGGAGGCGCCAUCGACGUUGCCGGCUUCACCGACGAGACGAAUGGCAAUGCCCGCUACGUCGUGUACAAAAUCGACGGCAACGCAAUCGGCCACGGCGGUUCUUGCGGUAAUACCGUAGCCCCCAUCGUCCCUACGCCCAUCAUGCUACAGAGAGUCGCAGCCAACGGACACACUCUCAUCGGCGGCCCGACGCAAAUCCUAACCAAUAUUGCCAGCGACGGACCAUACGUCGAAGCCCCUUCUCUGACCUACAUGAACGGGAAAUACGUCCUCUUCUUUUCCUCACAAUGCUACAUGACCACCGGCUACGACGUCGAAUACGCCAUCGCAGACAAAAUCACCGGGCCCUACAAACGCUCCGGAACCGUAUUCAAAACCGGCACACUCGGUCUUUCCGCUCCCGGGGGUCUGGACGUCGCGAUAAAUGGCGACCACGCCAUCUUUCAUGGGUUCGUACACCGUUUUGCUACUCUCCCUCUUCCCUCCACCAGCCACAAAGGCAAAGGUAACGACCACGACGACGACGAUGAUGUCCAUCAUGACCCCGACAAGUUUUCUUUUGACGAGAAGCAUUGUAAGAAUUUUGAGACGAAAGCUGACUGUAAGAAAAGGAAUUACCAGAAGGUGCGGGCCGCCUAUGUCGUGACUCUGAGUAUGGAAAAGGGAGUUGUGAAGGCGACUCUCUGA